UGUUUCCAAGCACCAAACAAGGAUCUCCCUCUAGUUGCGAAAAUCCAAGCAGUCGGUGCAGAUAACUUUUAUUAGUGACGGUGACUCCAACACACUUAUAAAGGUCAUCCAUUCGUCACCCCGCCCUAAACCCCCACUUUCCUUUACCCUUCAUCUAACCUUGAACAACCUUGACCUCGAUCACAAACAAAAAACAUACGUCAUCUACACCAUGAUGCUUGUUCACAACAUCUAUACUCGACCUACACAUCAACAACCCUCGUUCAGGCAGUAUCAACAUCAACAUCAUCAGCAUCUCGACGUGGACAGCAGCAACCUAGAUCCCGUGGACACAGACAGCGUCGCAUCCUCGCCACACUCGACACAAUCGUCGCUACUCUCGCAGUACUCAAAUUUCCAGACGACAUCGCUCUCGACCACCUUCGACACCAUACCGUCGGCCGUGCCUAGAGGGGACAACUUCAAAUUUCCCACGACGCCUCAUUCAUACGAGGUACAAAACAGCCAAAGUCUAAGCCAAGUGCCAGACCUAACGCCUUCGGAGCAGUGGCUUCUCGGUUCCACUCAGCCGCAGCACCCGCAGCAGACUCCUCGAGCCGCCCACCGAUUAGUACACCAACGCGAGCCGUCGUUGUCGUCGCUUAGUUCCAACGGCCCAGCUUCGCCCUACACAGCAAACACAUCAAACCCGCAUAUUGCUGUAACCGACUCGAGUAGCAGCGAAAUGUUUCACGACAUGAGUGGCGGCGAAAGCAAUUACGCAUAUCAGUCGAGCGGCAAAUCCAUGAGCAUGAACGAAAGCUUUUACGCAACCCUGCAAAAUCUCCAGGCUGGCAACGCUGGCUUCCAAGACGAAAUGCCCAACAUGUCGGCCCAUCCGCACCAUAUCAAGCCGGACCGAAGCCUUCUGCCGGCGCCUGAACUUUCCAAUGGCUCAGCUACGAGAUCGUAUUCACACUCAGUGGCGAGUUCAAUCGCUGGCGGUGACUCACCCGCCACGCCAUCCUUUCAAGAGCCUGAUGAAGAAGGCAGAAGGAGAAAGAAUGUUUUUAGUUCGAUGCCCAAGCUGGAUCGUACCAUGACGGACGUCUUCGGCGACGAGUUGUACAGUCCCAACUUUACCAUCACAUCAGCAUCUCCACCUCCGCAGACGCGUCUCGCCAUGUCUCCUAGCAAUGAUGUGUUUGCGCAGCGACUUCAGGCGGCCAACAGCCAUCACUUGAACACGGGUCAGUCGCCCGUCUCGGUCUCGUCACGGAACCAGUCGCCUUUCCGUCACGGCUCGCCGCUGGCACCCGUAUCCAAUGACUUCUCGCAGCAGUCGAACCAGGUUCGCUCGAAUUCGGCACAGCAACUGAAGGAGAAGCGAAAGACAGAGCAGGACGCGAACUCAUUGCAACAAGUGGCGCGUAAGGCAGAGCAACAGCAGCAGGGAACGCCAAGCACCAUUUCUCCCAAGGAUGCCAUGUUGGAUUUCAACGAGCCGGCUGAUGACUCCAACUUCCCGCUAUUCUCGGCGCAGGAAACCAACAACUUCGAUCUGCACCAGCUUAGCAAGUCGAUGCCUCAGCAGAUGCAGAACUUCCAGUCGACAACACCGUUGCAGAACGCCUUCAAUUUCAAUAUGCCUACAAAUAUUCAAGUCCCGCAGCAAUAUCCCUUCGUGGCACGCCCACGACAGCGGCAACAAGCAACGCCGUCGGUGAGCACCUUUUCAAGAGUGGGCUCUGAAGACACAAACGGAUCGGCUAGCCCUGGAUCGGCUCGAAGGCCAAUGCGGACCAACGCCGACAGCGGCACAUAUACGUGCACGUAUCACGGUUGUACGCUACGGUUCGAUACACCGUCCAUGCUACAGAAACACAAGCGCGAAGGGCAUCGUCAAGCGAACGCACUGAGCACUGCACGACCUGCAGUCACCUCCCCAGGUGUGCCACAGACACUGCUCAACACGCAAGCUGGCCCGCACCGGUGCGAUAGGAUUAAUCCUAGCACUGGGAAGUCCUGUGACACUGUAUUUUCACGACCGUACGAUCUCACACGACACGAGGACACCAUCCAUAAUGCGCGAAAACAGAAGGUGCGAUGCGAUCUAUGCACCGAAGAAAAGACUUUUAGCCGCGCCGACGCCCUGACUAGACAUUACCGCGUAUGUCAUCCCGAUGUCGAGUUCCCCGGCAAGCACCGACGGCGAGGCGGGUCUCAUGUCUGAGGUAGUGUGGUAUGACGACAUUUUCUAUCAUUCGACGUCAAGCGCAUGCUGGCCAUGUGUCGUGAAGGUGAUGAUGUGGUGUGGUGUGGUGAAGAUGGGUCGACGGCCGGCCCCUCGCCGCGUGGUGUGAUCGUCACGCCCAAGCUCUUUGGCGGGGUGUCGAUUUUUCAGGGUCUCAUGCGUGAAGGGUCUUGCAGGGUUGCUAGUUCAACGCCGGACCUUACCUUAUCCGGUGGUCACC